AAAAAAAGAAAAAAAAAUGGCAACCAUAGCUGAUAUUGGGGUAUCAGCACUAAUAAACAUACUGAGCAUGUUAGCUUUCUUGAUUGCGUUUGCUCUGCUUAGAAUUCAGCCAAUCAACGACAGAGUUUACUUUACCAAAUGGUACAUUGCCGGAAAAAGGAGCAGCCCUAGAAACAGAGGUGGUGGUGUGGUGGGCAAAAUCGUCAAUCUCAAUUGCAAGACUUAUCUCUCUUUCCUCAACUGGAUUCCCCAAGCUCUCCAGAUGUCUGAGUCCGAAAUUAUCGCCCACGCCGGCUUCGAUUCGGCCGUGUUCUUGAGGAUUUACUUACUUGGUUUGAAAAUAUUCGGACCAAUAGCGGUUGUGGCACUCCUAGUUCUGAUUCCGGUAAACGCUUCGGGUGGAACUUUAUUUUUUCUGAGUCGUGACUUGGUUGUUAGCAACAUCGACAAGCUCUCGAUAUCAAACGUUCGUCCAAAGUCUUAUAAGUUCUUUGUGCACAUAUCUAUGGAAUACUUAUUUACAUUUUGGGCUUGUUACAUGCUUUACAAAGAAUACGAUAGAGUUGCGUCUAUGAGGCUAAAAUUUUUGGCUUCAAAAGACAGGUGCCCCGAACAAUUCACGGUUCUUGUUCGAAACGUGCCACAUAUUUCUGGACAUACGGUUUCCGAUAGUGUCGAGAGCUUCUUUCAGAAAAAUCAUCCAGGUCAAUAUCUGUGUCACCAGGGUGUAUACAGUGCUAAAAAGUUCGCCAAACUUGUUAAGAAAAGAAGCAAGCUUCAAAAUUGGCUCGAUUACAACCAACUCAAGUUCGAGAGACAGCCAGACAAAAGGCCUACACGAAAGACAGGAUUUCUCGGACUUUGGGGCAAAAGGGUCGAUUCCAUCGACUUCUACAACCAAGAAAUUAAAGAUCUUGACGAAAAAAUGAUAAUCGAGCGGCAGAAAAUAAUGAAAGACCCUAAAUCAGUAAUGCCAGCUGCAUUUGUUUCGUUCAAAUCGAGAUGGGGAGCAGCCGUUUGUGCACAGACACAACAGAGCAAGAAUCCGACGCUUUGGCUUACAAGGUGGGCCCCGGAGCCACGUGAUGUGUACUGGAAGAAUCUUGCAAUUCCGUUUGUGUCCCUCACAAUUCGGAAACUCAUGAUUUCGGUAUUAUUGUUCGCAUUGGUCUUCUUUUACAUAAUACCGAUCGCUUUCGUACAAUCGUUGGCCAAUUUAGAAGGGCUCGAGAGGGUUGCUCCUUUUCUCAGGCCAAUAAUCGAAUGGAAGCUGGCGAAGUCAUUUCUGCAGGGAUUUGUUCCCGGUUUAGCUCUUAAAAUAUUUUUAUUCGUUCUCCCUUCGAUUUUAAUGAUUAUGUCGAAAAUCGAAGGGCACGUUUGUUUAUCCGUAUUAGAAAGAAGAACCGCCGCAAAAUACUACUAUUUCAUGUUAGUCAACGUUUUCUUGGGUAGCAUAGUGGCUGGAACAGCUUUCCAACAACUCCAUGCUUUUCUUCACCAAUCCGCCACACAGAUCCCGAGAAAUAUAGGCGUGUCGAUUCCGAUGAAAGCCACUUUCUUUAUUACAUAUAUAAUGAUCGACGGUUGGGCUGGUAUUGCUGGCGAAAUUCUCCGGUUGAAGCCUUUGGUGAUUUUCCAAUUAAAGAAAAUGUUUAUUGUGAAAACGGAACGGGAUUUGGAGAAGGCAAUGGACCCUAAAAGCAUCGAUUUUCCCGAGACUUUACCGAGCCUUCAAUUGUAUUUUCUUCUUGGCACUGUGUACAUGGCUGUCACUCCGAUUCUUCUUCCUUUUAUACUGAUUUUCUUCGCCUUCGCCUUCUUUGUAUAUCGUCACCAGGUGAUUAAUGUGUACAACCAAAAAUACGAGAGUGCAGGUGCGUUUUGGCCGCAUGUGCAUGGUCGAAUUAUCGGGAGCUUGAUAAUAUCGCAGUUGCUAUUAAUGGGUUUAUUGAGCACGAAAAAAGCUGCAAACUCGACUCCGUUUCUCGUGGUCUUACCUAUAUUGACUUUGACUUUCCAUCAAUAUUGCAAGAGUCGCUUCGAACCGGCAUUCAGAAAGUACCCUCUCGAGGAAGCCACGACUAAAGAUACACAAGAUGAAGCGUCUUCUGCAUCUGAUAUCGAAUUAAAAUCGUACUUGUCCGAUGCAUACUUGCAUCCGAUUUUCCAUGCUGUGGAAGAAGUGGAGUUGACCGAAGUCAAAGUGGAUAAACCGAGGCCUAGAUGAAUGGAAAGUAAUAUGUAUAGCCUAGGUGUGAUAUAGGUUAAUAUAACCAUACCGUUUAGCGUUAUCGGAGUUUGAUUUUUCUAUAUAUAUAUCGGUGUUUAGUUUACGUAUAUAAAGCUUUAACUGAGUCUUUUGCAGUUAUCAGAUAGGGUUUAACAUAUAUUGUUAAGAAGCUCAUAUGCUAAUUUUCAGUUGUAGGUUUUGUUAACUGAUGAUGUAAAUGUGUGGAUAUUUGAUUUUUUUAAUUUAAUUAAUUGACCUUCUUA